AAAAUACUUGAAGUUUCUGCUUACUGGUUUUCAACAUUAAAUAUCUUCUUUUGUGUUCAGCAGAAGAAAUAAACCUGGAGACAAGUUUAGAACACAUGAAUGUAGGGCUGUGGAGUUAAUGAAAACUCAUUUGACAUUAUUGCAGAUAAAAAUGAUCAUGGCGUCAUAUCCCGGCCCCUUGUAAAGCAUUCUGCAUUCAUUUCUACACAAAACUCAAUUUCACGUUGACAUCAGUGAAAUCAUGUAGCGUAACGUUUGCAGCAUGGGAUGUGCUUAAUUAAUUAGAGUGUAUAUGAUUCAUUCACGUCUUUAAUAGUGCUUGUGCUGUUGUGUGCAUGUGCUCAGCCACAGAGACAGACAGAACACACACUAAGAGUCCUCUUUUAGCUUAAACUGCAUGACUAAAUGCUCAAAUACAAGCAAACAUGUGUCAGAACAUGGAGCUCAGUGAUUAUUUACUUAGUGAAGAUUUUGUUGCUGUACUUUGUGCCAUUCUGCUCUGGUAAUAUCUUUGAAAUCUGUUUUUUUUUUUCUAGGAUGGUCAUUCCACACCUGUGCUUGCGGAAGUGGCAAUGAUGCUUAAGUUGGCGAAUGCUCCGCAAUGUCCAAACAUCAUCGGAUUACACGACUGGGUUGAGAAUGAGAGAAACUUCAUUCUCAGCCUGGAGUACGCAGAGUCAUACCAGACCUUGGAUCAGUACAUCAAAGAUACAUUGGACGUUGGUGAAAAGCGAGCACGCCGGUUAAUGCGUCAGUUGAUCCAAGCUGUAAAGUUCUGCACUGAGCGAGGAGUUUUCCAUGGAGAUAUACACACAGAAAACAUCCUGGUGACGAAACCCCAAUUACAGCUCAAAUUGAUCGACUUUGGUUGUGCUUGGCCAAUUACCAGCGAGCCUUUCGACAGCAGUGAAUAUCGAGGAGCUAUCAUAUGCACGCCACCUGAGGUUUUCUUGCGCCCCAUACACCAUGCUGACCCAGUAAACGUCUGGACAAUUGGCGUCGUGCUGUAUGAAAUCUUGCAUGCAGAUUUGCCCUUUACCGACGAACAUUCAAUAAUGUUUGAAUCCGCUGAGAUGCACCCCAGGUUAUCUACAGCAUGCCAGGACCUGAUUUCCCAGUGUUUCAAACGUAAUCCAGUUAACCGGCUAAAGUUACAUCAGGUUGAAGAGCAUCGGUGGUUCAAUCCAAAGACCCCAAAUCCUGUGCAGCAGUUAAAAAAGAAGAGGUAGAGGAACACACCAAGCACAAAACUGCAUCUUCAGUCUUUCUUUGCUUCAUGCUAUUCCUGUUGUUUUCUCUUCUGCUCUUUUAGAGUCAAGUCUUAUUUGACAGCCCUACAUAUCACUGCUUAAAUAACUUUGUGUUGUUUCUACUUGUUUUCUUCAUUUUAGAAAAAAAAAGAAAAAACGAAAUAAGAAGAAAGCACCAUUAAAGUCACAAAACUAGCAUUAUCAGUUAUUAAUUACUCCCUCAUGUCAUUCCAAACCCCUAAGACCUUACUUUUCUUCAGUGUCAGUUCAUGAUGUGUGUUGAUGAGAGCUCUGUCCUGCACUGUAUGCGUGUCGCACUGCUGACGUUUACCUCAGAUGUGCCCACGCUUUGUUUAAAUGAGAGGAAGUCGCGCAGGCCUCUGGGUUUUCCGUCAGCAGUGAGACACACAUCCAGUGCAGUACAGGACUUCUGAAGUCAUUCUUUUUGUUUGAUAAGUUUUGUGUUUUUCUUUCUGCAUUAAAGAAGUUUCUCUUCACAAUGACAGCUGUAGCUCCAAACCCCUGACACCUUUCCUCAUCUUCAGAAAACAAAUGAAAAUAUUUGAGAUGAAAUCAAAUCAUCAAACCAUGAGAGCUCUGUCCUGCACUGUG